AUGGCGGCGUGGACUGUUGCGGCUCAUCGAGCCACUAAUAUGACUCAGCUCUCCACGUUAAAAACGGCUUCGCUCCUUCAUCGGCGCGGCUUGGCUGGGGCCGCUGAUCAUCACGGACCUCCAAAGGUGAACUUUUGGCAAGACCCCACGAGUCCAUCUAAGUGGAAGGAAGAACAUUUUGUAAUUCUUUCUUUGACUGGAUGGGGUUUACUCUUCUAUGGCGGUUACAAGUUAUUCACUGGAGGCAAGGGCAAGAAUGAAGAGGUACAUACAAAGUUGGAGCAUCAAACAAGGCUUGAGGUUGUUACAACAUCUGCUGCUAAGAAGUUGUUCUACUUGAAUUCAGCCUCCCAGAUGUGA